AUGGAGUGGAUAACCGAAUUCGCCACUAACAAGACCGAUUUCCCAUCUACAAAGUCACCGGUCAUCUACUACGAUGGACAGUUUCUCUACCAUCCUACCACUUCCAAUGGUUGUCGCUACAAAUGCAUCUUCACUAACACCACUCACAAUCUCAGCCGAGGCGAUGCAGCCGUAUUUACCAACUGGUUUUCUGUGGAAGAAAGCAUCACGCUCAAGAAUCGUGGUGUUCUCAUUGCCUUCGAGACGGGUGAAAGUCCCCUCUAUGCACCCGCUCUCCUACCUGCACACCUAAACCAAGUGAGUGAUGUGUGUAGCGAUGCUGGUGUGCCAAUUUCUUGGUGUGAAUUUUGA